UUUUAAUAGUCUUGACGCUGUCCAGUCCAGGAUGUCCCUCUUCCUCUUCCCACUCUCGUCUUUUAUUUGCUUGGCUUAUGAGGACGUGCAGACAGACAAAUGUCCAGUAAAACCAGUAAAGAAACGAAGCAGCAACACAUUGUUUGGAGGAAUGGAGUAAUAGAUCAUUACAGUAUUUACUGUUAGAAGAAGGUAAAAAUAAAAAAUUAAAAUCAUUAAAUAAAAUACAUUAAUUUUGUGUUUAAGUUUAAUUUAAACAUUUUUAAAAGUGUUUAAACGAAGUGCGUUCUGAUUUUUCGUCACCAGGUGGCGAGUACCUUAAAUGAGCAAGGAAAGGUAAAUUUAAAUGCACGUCGGGCAUGAUUUUCUUUUCUUUAAAUGGCAAUCUAUAUUUAUAUGAAAAGUAUUUCAAAUCUAACAUAUUCAUUUAAAAUGGCAACAUUUUAAAUGUAACAAGUCAACCACACACAAGAGGAAACUUGGAUUUGUUUUAUCCUAACAAAUGUGAAGAAAUUCAAUUUAAAUCCAAGCUUUAGAAAUAAGAGCCAUGACAGCAUAGGAGGUUUGGUUUAAGGUUCUGUUCUCUAAACCUCACCGGGCUCGGGUCAACAAAACAUGAUUCUGAAAAUGAAAUCAGCAACACUAGCUUUAAGGACAACAGGUUUGUCUUAAUAUCUAGCAGUGGUAUUGUUUUGAUUAUAAAGCAUUUUAAAAAGGUGGUUUUUGCUCUUUAAACCCAGACUAGAAAGUAAUCCCUCGUGUGGAACACAGGUGAACCAAGAUGUGCCAAUCCAAAAAUACUGUAGCGUUUUAAAAAGAUGACUUUUACUUGUUGUCAUUUAAAAAAAAAAUGAAAUUGUGAUUCCCUGGCAUUGAACAAAAACAACAUUCUCCUCCAGGUUAUGUUUUCAGGCUAACAAAGGUGACAGGGCGUAGCUACAACACUUGUUGUCAUCUGGCUGCUGAUAAAACACUACCACUGUGUUAGCCUCACAUUAUCAGCUGUGGAAUGGCUGUUUGUGAGGCUGUAUUUUUGUUGACAUGACCCCAAACCCUUUAAGGCACAACAACAAACGUAGGCGUCAUACACUGUGACAGCACACUGCAAAAAAUAAUCCACACUACAUGACUAGAUAGAUAGGAGACCACACCCCACAGAGACUGGACCUCUUCUUAUCACCACCAACACAUUUCAACUGGACAGACUGAAGGAACAAACAGGAUUAUGAGCUGUUACAGUCAGAAUCUGUCACAGACACACGAAAUGGGAAAUAUUUAGCCUGGACUAGGAUGAUCUGAGUUUUUACAAACCCUGAACUGUGACUGAGGUAAAUCAUCCUGGGAGCUGGAGGAAUCGAAAGAAAAAAAAGAGCAAGGUUCAUCAAGAAAAACAAAGAUCAAAGGUCAAAACACAGCUCAGGUGAUCGGUCCGAAUGGAGCUUUCAACAAAUCCAGAGAAGAAACAGAUGAAAAAUGACAUCAUCCCAGCUCAGUUCUCCUCACAGUGUGGCAGCAGAGGUGAGUGGGCCAACAAAAAGGAGUUCAUCUUGGCAGUAAUCGGAGAAAUCAUCGGUCUGGGAAACGUCUGGAGAUUUCCAUAUUUGUGUUUCAAAAAUGGAGGAGGGGCUUUUCUCAUUCCUUAUUUUUUGUUCCUGUUCACGUGUGGAAUCCCCAUCUUCUUUCUGGAAAUGUCCAUGGGACAGAUGACUGGUCAGGGGGCCAUCACCUGCUGGAGGAAGAUCUGUCCUUUAAUUCAGGGUUUAGGCUACGGCAGUCAAAUAAUAAUGCUGUACACGGUCAUGUACUACAUCGUCAUCCUGGCCUGGGGCUUCUUCUAUCUCUUCUCCUCCUUCAGUUCUGAACUGCCCUGGGUCAGUUGUAACAACACCUGGAAUACAGGAAACUGUGUUGAAUUUCAUAUUAACGUUUCAUCAACUAAAAAUCUUUCUCAGACUGUGACGUCUUCAGUCGAAGAAUUCUGGCAGAGAAAAGUCCUGGGUUUGUCCGACAGCAUCGAAGAGCUGGGGGGGGUCCACUGGGACCUGGCUGGAUGUCUGCUGCUCAGCUGGGUUGUUUGUUACUUCUGUAUCUGGAAAGGAGUCAAGUCUUCAGGAAAGGUGGUCUACGUCACGGCGACGUUUCCAUACCUGAUGCUGUUUGUGCUGCUGAUCCGUGGCCUGACACUACCAGGAGCCGUGGACGGGAUUACACUUUAUCUUUCUCCCGACCUAACACAACUGGCUGAUCCACAGGUGUGGUUGGACGCUGGGAGCCAGGUGUUGUUUUCUUAUGCUGUGUGCACAGGCUGCAUGGUUUCCAUGGGGAGUUACAACAAAUACAACAAUGACUGCUACAGAGAUGCUUUCGCGCUGUGUCUGCUGAACAGUGCGACCAGCCUGGUAGCUGGUUUUGCAAUUUUCUCUGUUCUGGGAUUCAUGUCCCAUGAGUUGUCCGUGGACAUUACAGCAGUAGCAGAAUCAGGUCCUGGUCUGGCCUUCAUCGUCUACCCUCAGGCGGUGUCCAUGAUGCCUCUACCUCAGCUCUGGGCUGUUCUUUUCUUUCUGAUGAUCAUCUUUCUGGGACUGGACAGUCAGUUUGUCUACCUGGAAGGUCUGGUCACCUCCAUCUCAGACCUGUAUCCCUCCUUCUUCUACACCGGUCACAGACGUAAACUGCUGCUGCUGUCUGUCUGCGUCCUUUCCUUCCUGGUGGGCCUCUCUAUGGUCACAGAGGGAGGACUGUAUGUAUUCCAGCUGUUCGACUACUACGCCUGCAACGGCAUCCCGCUCUUGGUGUUUGCCAUUUUGGAAUCCUGUUGUAUCGGAUGGGUGUAUGGUGCUGACCCGUACUACAAUAACAUUGAGAACAUGAUUGGGUACAGACCAUCAGCCUACAUGAAAAUAUGUUGGAAGUUCUUGACACCUUGUGUGUCUGCAGGCGUUUUACUUUUCUCUAUGAUCAAAUUCACGCCCCUGAGAUACAACGACACCUACGAGUAUCCACGGUGGGCCCUCGCUGUCGGCCUCUGUCUGGGCUUCUCUUCAGUCAUCAUGGUUCCACUGUGGUGCUUCUACAGUCUGGCUCGAAAACGGGGGGAACUGAAACAUAGCACCAGUGAUGAUCCCUCCUCUGGAGAACCUCCACAGAGGACCAGAUAAGAUGGCGCUCUGGUUAUGAUGAAAGGCAGGAGAGAGGAGGAGAGGCAGAUGUUAAAACUUCUAUAACAUACUCUUGUUUGGAAAUUCAACAUGGACCCAGCGCUAGGAGAAAAAUGGGACAAGGUGUGUGUGUGUGUGUCUGUUGAGAAGCCUUAAAGUGUGUGACAAGCAUGAUAAAUGCAGCAGGCGCUAACACCAGUAUGGAAAAAGACAAGGAUACCUUUGUCUUGUCACAAUAAUCCUAAUCUGUUUGAAGAUUGGGAAACAAAGAGAGGAAGUGGAGAAAGAGAGAGGACGGGAUUGCGGUGAGUAGUGAUGAAUGUUGCUACAUCAGAAACACGACUCGCCGUGAUGUUUCUCUCUAAUGACCUGAUUGCUCAAUUAAUUCUGCGGCCCAUUCUCCGUCGACCCCCUUUAAUGUGGAAUAGGCUAUAUUUCCUCCCAGAUUAGUAUAGAUACACGCUGACAGUCCGCACUGCUCAAGGUAUUUGGGAGGUAUAAUUCAUUCAUAAUGCCACAAUGUGGCCCAUCUAUCAUCUCAGCUUUCUCCAUCCACUAACUCGCCGCUUGCUCCCUCCUCUCAUUCCAGGCUGGCUCUUCUGGGGGUAGAAAAGAGGAGACGGGGGAGGGAGAGGGGGAGGGUGGAGGGGAGAAACUCAACCAUAAAUGAUGUGUGUGUGCGUGUGUGUGUUUUGUAUGUGUGCAUGAAUAUAAAGGUUGAAGUAUGAGAUGUGUUAGGAUAUGAAGUGUGUGUGUGUGGGAGGGAGUGGGUGUGUGUUUCACGGGGAGGUGGUGGUGGCGAGGCGUGCAAGGUUGUGAGGUCGGCAGCCUCUCUUCUUCUGAUGAAUUAGCUGGCAUAUGCACGCGAUGAAUUACCAGGCAAAAGGAGUCAAUUAUCCAAAGAUGAAGAAGAAGAAGAAGAAAAAGAAGAAGAAGAAGAAGAAGGUGAAACGCAGAUGAUGCUCCUGUGGCCUCGGGGCCCUUUUUCAAUUCAGGGAGUGAUUUUACCAAAAUGUAGAGACGAGAAGCAGCCUAGAAGGAGGGAGAUGAGGGAUCAUGAGGAGGGAAAAAAAACCGAAAGAAUAAAUGAAAGUAUGCAGUGGAUAUAAAAAAAGUCCACAGCAUUUUCAAAUGUCAGCUCUUUAUCAAGUUGAAAAGAUAGAGUAUUUUUAAAAUUUCAAAACACAUUCAUCGUCUAUCUUUUACUUCUAUCUGACACCUAUAAUCUAUAAAUUAUAAUAAAAAAAAUGUGUUACUUUUUAACUCCUUAUAAUGCAGUUUUAUCAGGUUACUACAGUAUUUUGUAUUUGUCAGCAUUGAGCAGAUUCCCUUGUCAGGCCUGUAGGUGGUGCUAAGGGCUUCUUCCAUGAUUUCAAUUUAGUGCCUUGAUUGUUUCACCUAAAUCUAAUCCUGUUCACUGUCUUUGUACAAAGACAUAGAAAAAGUUUUUUUUCCCAGUGAAUAGAAAUUGUUGUACAGAAUAUGAAAAAGAAAUGCACAUCAAAAAACACCCCAGCAUCUAGCAUGUAAGUGGUGCUUAAUGGGCAUGCCAGCAGGUGAAAAACUAGCUGCUAACAGACACUGUUCCUCCGUUUGUUUGGGUUACAGUUUUAGGAGGGCGGUGGUGGAGUUUAUGUCAGAAUGUAUCCAGAGGUUUAUUUAUUUUUUUAAUAAAUAAAUUGGACUCAAAUUGAAAUAUGAAAAUCUGAUAAUAGGCAUUUUAGCAUCAAUAUGGGACAUAAUAAAAACCUGACAUUUCAUCAUGGCUGAGGAGACUUCUCUCUCUUUUUUCUCCCCCUCUCCACCUCCAUCAAACACAGAAGGCAAAGUGUGGUGUAAAAAUGCAAAAGGCUAUUAUCAGGCCUUGGGAGUGCACUGACGCCACUUAUGAUGGAUGAGAGUGGGAUUUAAAAAGGCCUCCUGUCAAACACUCAGCCUAACUGCUCUCCUCACUCCUCUCUUGGCUCAAACUGGCCUAAAUGGAAGGCAGUUGUAAUAUAUUGAGGUGGGCGUGCUCAUGUACUCACUGCGUCCCCUGCUGUUUUCUUCUUUGGCAUUUCAUUUUCUCAGCUCUCCUGGAGGACAGAGGGGGAGAUGGAGAAUUUGUGGUUAAUAAUAUUACUGAGAAGGUGUAGUGGUGACAUCAUCAGCUGUCCAGGUGACACUGGUCAGCAGAGGCACGGGGGAAAGGAACACCAAUGGCUGGGAUCUGACUAUUCCUGACGUAUCCAAAGUCUGGCCCGGUGGACCACUAAUGACAAAAUGACAUGUUUUUUAUGAGAAAUAAAGACUCUUUCACUGAAUUUA